UACAAAUGGGGAUUCCCGGUCGUAAUAUUGCGAGCUGUGGGGAGACAAACAACAGGAAUUUCUACUAUUUUUACUGAUACCUCAUCAGGAAUUUACCUACAGAUAAAUGAUUUUCAACUAAAUCCAUGAUAAUUGCAUCCAUGCCUAAUGCCAGGCAGCAGUCAGUCACAAGUAUUGUGAGUAGUCUUUGGAACAGACCUUGAUUUUCAACAGAGGAAGAGCUGACACCAACCAUGGUUUUGGAAUCCCUGUUAUCCAGUGUGCUCAACAAGUACCUGAGCAAAUACAUCAGGAAUUUGGACUGUCAUAACCUCGAACUUGGCAUCUUUGACAGCAGUUUAGAACUCACAGACCUAGAGAUAAAGCCAGAGGCAUUGGCUCAACUUAAUCUUCCAAUAGAAGUUGUUGCUGGUCAUAUAGGAAGAAUAUGCAUUGACUUUUCAUGGACCGGCCUUUUCUCCGAGCCAGUAGUGGUCAACGUUGAAGACCUCUUGGUGCUGGUCAGUCCGGUUGCUGACCGUCCAUACGAUGAAGAGAAAGCAAGAAAUGCCGAGAAUGCGGCCAAGCAGCAGAAGCUUGCAGCCAUUGAAGCAUCCAAGAAAGCUGCUUCAAGCUCAGACACAAAAAGCAAGAGUCAAGAUCUGUCAUUCAGAGAGAAAUUAACUGCUGCAAUCAUAAACAAUAUACAGGUGAAUGUCUCCAACAUACACAUUCGAUAUGAAGAUAACAGCACUUACCCUGGGAAGCCAUUUGCAUUUGGUGUUGCUCUGCACCGCAUCUCAGCCCAGACAACUGAUGAAGAAUGGGAAUCAACUCAGCUGGAUGCUACAGCCAUCAUCAUGAGAAAGGUAUUGGAAGCCAUUGGGUUUUCAGCCUAUUGGAACACCUCAGUGCAACACCCAGUCUCUGGCUAUGUCAGGAGUGGGCAGUGGAAGGAUAUCCUUAGAAGUUCCAUCCUUAGUCAUGAGAUCAAAGGUCAACCAUUUGACUUCAUCGUUGAACCAGUCACCACCACAGCCAGGCUGACCUUCGACAAGUCCGACCCUCCGACGGACUACACCAACCCUCAGGUCAUGCUGGACAUCCUCACGUCCGCCCUCACCAUCUCGUUGUCACGGCAACAGUAUCUCAACGUCAUUGACCUCGCUCAGUCUAUCCAGCUCCUGGCUGUCAACGAGAGAUACAGGAAGAACCGGCCAGGUGUCGGGGUCCGAGGCAACGCAAAGAAAUGGUGGCACUAUGCAUACAAAUCCAUUUUGGAGGAGCACAUCCGUCCCUGGUCUGCCCCCAGGAUAGAAGCCCACCUCGAGGUCUACAACACCUACUGGCAGAAGUACAAACAGAAACUAGUCUUGCAGGAAGCAAAACAGAGCACGGAGGCUCUGGACAGGAAGUUAAGGGGUCUGGAGGAUAGACUAGACUUGACUAACAUCAUCGCAGGCAGAGAAAGGGCCAAGACAGAGUUCAUCAGGGAGAAACCGGAGAGAGACAAAGCAAGGAGGAAAAAGAAGGCGGAGGAAACCAACUGGUUUAUGCGUCUCCUAGGUUACGGGGAUGAAGAUGAAGAGGAGGAGGAAGAAGAUGAUGAUGAAGAUUUAUGGUCUAAGUUGACAGAGGAAGAGAAGGCCAAGGUGUAUGCUGGGAUAGGAUAUGAAGAGUCAAGAGAGGGCAGCAGUGUGGAUGCAAGCCCCAUCCCUGUACAGUAUGUAAGAACAAAAGUGAGCUUCCUGCUUGAUCGGUGUACGGUAUCCUUGAAGAAUCGGAAUGGAACCAUACUCAGAGGGUUGCUACAGAAUGUACAGGCAGGAGUACAGCUUAGACCAGUCAACAAUGCAGUCCAUGUGAUGCUGAGUACGGAUGCCAUGCGGGUAGAGGGCGCCCUCCCCAACAGAGAGCUGGUGCCUCUGAUCUCCUCAGAGAAGCUUCAUCCAGACACCUCCAUGACGUCUCAGGUCUUCAGUGUGGACUUUGAGACCUCCCCGUUGACAGUCCCUGCGGACAUGGCUCUGGCCAUCACCUCGGAACCCGUGGACGUGGUGUACAAUCAGUAUGCAGUCUCGGAGCUCAUCGGCUUCCUCAAGGUUGAUAGCUUGGAUCUGUCGGGUCUCAAGUCCGCUGCUUACGCUGGUGUCCAGGAGCUGGCCAAGGCCUCCCAGAACAAUCUUCUCUAUGCAAUACAACAUCAUAAAACAAUCCAGAUUGACUUUGAUGUGAAGUCUCCAAACAUCAUCAUUCCAGAGCAUGGUUCCCUUGACCUGGGGGGCUAUCUACUCAUCCUAGACCUUGGUAGUCUACGGGUUAACAGUGAGCUGCAGAAGGACACAACAGCCCUGGAAGAUGCAACUCCUACAGAGAUAGAAGCAAGACUCUAUGACAAGUUUGUCAUCAGAAUCACAGAUAUACAAGUCCUACUUGUUGAGCCAGGUGCAGACUGGAGGGAAGCGCUUCAGGCCAGAGAGUCUAGACAUCAUAUUCUUCCUGGUUUAUGCCUUCAGAUCAACACUUUCAUUAGUGCUAAGCCAGACUACAAACAACUUCCACAGCACAAAAUAGAAGCAGUACUACCAUCACUGAAACUUUUAAUAUCAGACUCCAAGAUCCAAGCUCUUGUCAAGUUUGCCAAGAAUGUUCCACUUCCAGAGGUCCAACCAAGCACCAAUGACAUUCCAUACAGGAAACCAAUGCCAUCCAUUGACGUCAAAGCAGUGAAGUCUGAGAUGUCCACAGCUGCCUUGCGCCGUACCAAGAGACUCAUGCUAUGGAGUAGGAAAACCAGGAUUGCUGGGACAACUCUACCUACUAGGAAGGUCACCAAUGUAGAAGAACUAGAUAGCGCCCCUGCCAAACCACCUUCCCCUCCUGUAGCCCCACUCAAAGGUGAUGUAUAUUACACAGCAUCGGAUCACUCCGAUGAGGAUAUCCAACACUGGGCAGCCUCCUCCCAGGUUCCAAGAUUUGAUGACAAUGAUUCCGCUACCAACCAGACUCACACACUUCUUAGAUUCGUCAUCAGAGAGGUGGUGGUGUCCAUUUCUAAGCCAAGCACCAGCAUACUACCCUCACCAGCUAGCAGCGGAGAUAGGAGCACCAGUCCAGCUCCUCCCUCCCCCACCGAGACUGGAGAGUCUGAGUACCUUAGCCUUAGGAUAGACUCUGUGUGUGUUGAUGUAGCCCUGAGUACCUACGGCCUGGCUCUACAUAUGGGACUGAGGGGAAUCCAAGUCAUUGAUAAGUUUCAUAUAGGUCCAGAUGGCACGUAUCUUCAUUUGCUCAGCUCAGCAGCAACAUCAGAGUUAUUUUCUGUCCUCUACAGAAAGGUUGAUUCAAAGUGUCCUGAUUUCAAUGGCUACUAUGGCUCUACAGAGCAAGCCGUGGUCGUCAACUUCAGUGCUCUCAAUAUCCUCUUCCACAGAACAGCUGUGCUCUUCCUGAAGAAAUCUAUCACAGAGAUGAUUGCAAGCCUGAGUUCUAUCUCUCUAACUGAGAAGGUUGGGUCAUCACUGACAUCAGACCCUGAACCUACCCCACCAAGUACAGAAACAGAGCAAGGUUUACCAGCAUAA